AUAACCUUUGUUUGCCUGUGCACUUUUGUCCUUGCAGAAUCACAUCCUGACCCUGAUGGCUAUGGCUGCUUGGAUCUACAAGCACCCCAGCCUAAAGAACUCCAUCAACCUCGUGGUGGUGAAGGUGCUGAUUAUCGAAGAUGAGAAGCUCGGGCCAGAAGUGUCGGAUAAUGGAGGGCUCACACUCCGCAACUUCUGCAACUGGCAGCAGAGCUUCAACCCUGCUAGCGACCGUCACCCAGAGCAUUUUGACACGGCCAUCCUGCUGACGAGACAGGAUUUCUGUGGGCACCAGAGCUGUGACACUCUGGGUGUAGCUGACAUCGGCACCAUGUGCGACCCCAAAAAAAGCUGCUCUGUGAUCGAAGAUGAGGGCCUCCAAGCUGCCUACACCCUGGCUCAUGAACUAGGUCACGUAUUCAGCAUGCCCCAUGAUGACUCCAAGACCUGUGAGCGACUUUUUGGGCCUCUGGGCAAACAUCACAUGAUGGCUCCUCUCUUUGUUCACUUGAACAAGACUCUGCCGUGGUCCCCCUGUAGCGCCAUGUACAUCACAGAGUUUCUAGAUGGAGGACAUGGAGAUUGCCUCCUCGACGCUCCAGCCAAACUCAUCACCCUCCCCACAGACCUGCCAGGCCAAGUGCCCAUCUACAGCCUGGACCGUCAAUGCCAGCAGAUCUUUGGCAAGGAAUUUCGGCACUGCCCGAAUACCACCGAGGAGGAUGUCUGCGCUCAGCUGUGGUGCCGGAUGGAGACAGGAGAGCCUCUCUGUCACACCAAAAAUGGCAGCUUGCCCUGGGCGGACGGCACACCCUGCGGGGCAGGCAGGCUGUGCUGGGAAGGCAUCUGUGUGCUAGGGAACAUGGCAAAGCCCCAGCCUGUGGUGGAUGGAGACUGGGGGCCCUGGAGCCCGUGGGGCACCUGCUCCAGGACGUGCGGAGGCGGGGUGCAGUUCUCACACCGCAACUGCAACAAUCCCGAACCGCAGAACGGUGGGAAAUACUGCGAGGGCCAGAGAGCCAAGUACCAGUCAUGCCACACGGAGGAGUGCCCAGACAGUGGGAAGAGCUUCCGAGAGCAGCAGUGUGAGAAGUACAACAGCUACAAUUUCACGGAUCUGGAUGGGAAUCUGCUGGAAUGGGUCCCAAAAUACACGGGUGUCUCCCCCAGAGAUCGCUGCAAGCUCUUUUGCCGAGCCAGAGGGAGGAGUGAAUUCAAAGUAUUUGAGGCCAAAGUGAUUGAUGGGACAUUGUGUGGGCCAGAGACUCUCUCCAUCUGUGUGCAUGGUCAGUGCAUCAAGGCUGGCUGUGACCAUGUGAUUGGGUCCUCCAAGAAGCUGGACAAGUGUGGGGUGUGUGGUGGCAAUGGCUCAACUUGCAGGAAAAUAUCUGGUUCACUCAACAGAUCCAAGUAUGGCUAUAAUGACAUCGUCACCAUCCCUGCCGGAGCUACGAACAUUGAUAUCAAGCAGCGCAGCCAUCGAGGAGUCAGGCACGAUGGGAACUACUUGGCUUUGAGGACUCUCGAUGGCCACUACCUCCUGAAUGGAGAGUUUGCCAUUUCAGCCAUGGAGCAGGACAUCCUGAUCAAGGGGACAAUCCUGAAGUACAGUGGCUCCAUGACUACCCUGGAGCGGCUCCAGAGCUUCCAGGCACUCCCAGAAUCCCUCACGGUCCAGCUGCUCACCAUCACCGGCGAGGUCUUCCCACCCAAGGUGAAGUACACCUUCUUCAUCCCCAAGGAUGUCCCCUUCAACAAGCAGAAGGACAAAGAGAAGAAGUCAGCCAAUAUCAUCCAGCCAAUGCUGACCUCGCAGUGGGUCAUGGGGGACUGGUCUGAAUGCUCUAAAACCUGUGGCUCCGGCUGGCAGAGACGGACAGUGGACUGCCGGGACAUGGAGGGCCAGACCUCGACAACCUGCGACAGGGCCCUGAAGCCGGAGGAUAUCAAGCCCUGCGGCGACCUCCUGUGCCCCAUUUGGCGGCUGGGUCCCUGGUCCGCGUGCUCCCGAACUUGCGGCGAGGGAGUGAGGACGCGCAGCGCCUCCUGCCUUGACUACGCAGGGAAGAUCACGGCCCCUGAGAAAUGCAGCUUGCCACCACCAGCAGAAGCCACCGCAGCCUGCCUGCUGCAAGAGUGCUGAGCCAGUGCCAGGCCGGUGCGUCAGAGGCACAUAACAUAGGCAACUACUAACCAGACUAGACCUGGCUCAGCAGCCGGAGCAGGAACAUAGGUUUAAAGGCGGAUGUGCACUAAUUGACCUGAGCGGGCCCCCGAGGCAGCCCUGCUUGAAAGACUAACAGACAUUCAAUAACAGUCCCUUCCCCACCUGACAGCCAUCUACCUCAGAGGGGGACAAGAGCAGCGGGGGAGCGGGGAGGAGACGCUGGGUGUUUUUUCUGGCCAGCAGCAGGGGAAUUUCACCCCAAGAAGCAAAAAUUCAUGUCCUAGUCUGUUUGCAAAGAGGAUGGCCUGAGUUUCAGUCCCACCCACGUGGCCUUGUGAGUCUGACAGUGAGGACCUCAUCAUCACGGUGGACUGUGCGCUGACCAUCAGGCUGAUACCCAGGGCCGCCAAGGGCUGGGGUGGGGAAGGGGCUUCCACACUCGAAGGUGACGUCAUGGAAGUCUUUUUUAAAAAACCAUGUAUUGGAUGGAGGGUCUGAUCAUCAGACAGUUCUCCCAUUAGCUCCAUGAUGGCUGUGGGAUCAGAAGUCUUAGCCAUGAGCUCACACUCUUCCUACCGGUUUGAGUUAGGUUCGAGACCACCCAGAGGUGUAAGCUGCUGAGAUGGGAUCUCAAUUCCAAAUCUCUCCAUCCCAGCCACAUUUCAGUGGUGCUUGGUCUGGGACUUCAGUUCAGCACAUUAGAAAAUGGCAUUUUUGCCAAAAGCUGGAGCUAGGGUCAGAUUUCCAUCCCCCCCAUCCUGUGUUCCAGGCCAUUUCUCUUCUUAGCUGCUCACAUAAAUGCAAUGAAAGCCCAAUUCAAGGUCAGCCUGUACAUGCAAAUCCAGCUUUGUACAUUUGUACCCGAAUCUGACCUACUUGUCUCUCUGUCAGCUCACCCAGAAAACCAAUGGACUCUGACAUGAGGCAGAGUGGUCUGAGCGUGGGACUGAGAUCCAGCUGCUCCUGAGCUCUAAUACAGUCGAAGAAACACCUCCCUUCUGUGGCCUUAGACAAGUCAUUUGAUCUCUCUCUUUCUCUUUCUCUCUCUCUGCGCCUCAGUUUUCCUAGCUGUAAUAUGGAGCUUAUACCUGACCUGAUUCCCAGGGUGUUUGCUGUGAGGAAGAGCUAACAUUUGUACAUGGCUUUGAAGGUGACAGUUGAAAUGCUUUUUGCAUGACAUGCUAAAUGCUAGCUACACCCUGUCUUCUCACCAAGCUUGAGUAGGGGCUGCCAUUUCCUUCCCCAGAAAAGUCCUCAGCUUUGCAUCCAUCGAGUAUUUGAUAAGUUGUGUUUUGGGGUCAGGUCAUUCGCCAUUCAGGGGUCAAAUGAAAAUUACAGUAGAACGCUGAACACUAAUUGGGUCCAACCACUGUGUGGUCAUGAAAACAUGCAGUGGAUUGAUAACCUCCCAAAACAACUGAAAAUACACUGUAACCAAGAGAGGCUGCAUUGUAAAGUCCUCUGUUAACCAUGUUACUGUAACUUGACUGAAGUGUGUUGUUUUGCCUUCAGCAUGGAAGAGGAUACAAUGUGGAGGGUGGAGAUGUUUCAGGUUUUGAUUAACCCUUAUCCUGUGACAUCACCUGGCCAUGUGCGUUUGGCUGGACAUGCAGUGGAUUGGACUGUGCCUGUUCUGCGCUCUACUGUACCUGCGGGAAGUCAGGCUAGAUGAUCACAGCGGCCCCUUCUGGUUUCAUCGUCUUCAGUUGUACAGAUCCCUGGUUCAGGUUGCAAACUCCCCCAGAAUUCAGGCACGCAGAGCUCUGGCCUUUGGGUCAACCCAUUGUGCAGACAGAGUAUGUUUGCUAACGUUAGAUCUGGGCCUGGAUUCCUGCCUGUAUAGUAUUUGAGGGGGUCCAGAUCUGGGGCUUUGGCUCAGGAUAUUCACAGGUCUUUCCAGCUUGCAGUCAUCCUCCCCUCCCUGUAGCCAAUUAUCAUCCUCCAUGUGGUUGCCUGCUGCUAAGCAGUCCUGACAAGGAGAUCUAACACCCCUACUCCCAAGGCUGAAAUCUUUCCUUCCCUGCAGGGAUUGCUGCCAGAGCGGAGUAGAACAGCCAAGCUCUCUGCCUGCAACCCAGACACUGUCUGGUCAUUGCAGAUGCCUGGCCAGUCACUGAACUUUGCCCCUUUUGCUACAUGUGUACUGAGGCUCAGCCGGCCUGGCAGCAGCCUGCAUCUCUGGGGCGGGGAAGAUUUGCAAAUUUCCUUGUCAGCAGUGUCUUGCAAAUAGAGGAUCUGUGUGUUAUCAAGAGGCUCCCUUCUUCCUACCCCUUUCUGGG